AUGGAACAUAUAUUUGUGAUUCUUCUACUCUUCCGAAAGACGUUUUCUGUGGAGGCGCAGUUCAAUGGGUAUAACUGCGACGGGAACUUUCACAGCCGCAUACCCGUGGAGAGGGACAUCAGUGUGUACUGCGGCGUCCAGACCAUCACCCUCAAGAUUAACUUCUGCCCCGUGCUCUUCUCCGGUUACACGGACACCGACCUGGCGCUCAACGGUCGCCAUGGAGACGCACACUGUCGCGGCUUCAUCAACAACAACACUUUCCCGACGCUGGUGGUCUUCAGCAUCAGCCUGGCCACGCUGGAGUCCUGCGGCAACGCGCUCACGGUCUCCACAGCACACAGCCCGAACAGCCAUGGGAACCAAUCUCUGGUCCAGAUCGGGAGCGUGGCAGGGUACAUCGACACACCAGACCCCUCCACGGUCAUCAGCUACCUGCCUGGGCUGCAGUACAAGUUCAGCUGCAGCUACCCUCUGGAGUACCUGGUCAACAACACCCAGCUCGCCUCGUCUGCUGCUGCCAUUUCUGUGAAGGAAAGCAAUGGUACAUUUGUCAGCACGCUCAACCUUCUCCUGUACAAUGAUUCAUCGUACGUCCAGCAGCUGGCGAUCCCCAUGGCAGGGCUGACGCUGAAGACCAGGGUGUUUGCCGCCGUCAAAGCCACCAAUCUAGACAGACGAUGGAACGUUCUGAUGGACUACUGCUACACCACCCCCUCUGGAAAUCCCAGUGAUGAACUGCGCUACGACCUCUUCGUCAGCUGCGACAAGGACCCUCAGACGGCAAUCCUGGAGAACGGGAAGAGCCAGAUGGGGCGGUUUUCUUUUGAAGUGUUCCGAUUUGUAAAGCACAAGAACCAGAAGAUGUCUACCGUCUUCUUGCACUGCGUCACCAAGCUGUGCCGAUCGGACGACUGCCCGAUGCUCAUGCCGAUCUGUGGCAUGAGAAAAAAACGGGAUGUCUCGGAGGAGAAGGAAUCAAACGGAGCAUCUGGAAAUGCCGUCUUGACUGCCGGGCCUAUCAUCACGCGGAGUGGUCAGCAGGAGGCCUCCACGUUCCCAAUGAACCCUGUGACCACUGCGCUCGUCUCCGGUGUGGUCAUCCUGGGCGUUAUGAGCGCUUGCUUCUUCGUGCUGUCGCUCACUCUCCUCAGAGGGAAGAGUGUCCCGGCCGGGAGCCUCACCGCUGCUCGCAACCCAGGCUUCAGCUAG